AUGAACAACAAAGUUGGAGAAUUAUUUCUGAGAUUUACUCAAACCUAUGUGAGAAAAAUAUCAUUGCGCCUACGAGUUAAAGUUCUUGGUACACAAAACGAUGCUAUCGCUUUAAAACUUCUCGAUGAGCGUCAACUUCAGAUUGCGCAUCGCCGGUUCAUUGGAAUAAAGCAUUUAAAACAAUUAAACAAGAGCUUUUCUGUUGCAUGCUACCCGCUAUACAAAGGCGGAAAUGUUCGCAAAUUAAACAAAAUUUUAUGCGACAUGACUUAUCGCGAUGAAAUCGCUAUUAAGAAGUUUUUAACAAGACCUUGGAAACUUUCUUUUUUUAUGAACUUUUGUGUGGGUGGAAUGAAAAUUGAGAAUCGUCUGUGCAGAUUCGUUGCAUUACAUUUUGUUCAACACAGUAUUGAAAAGUAA